AUGGCCCGUCAAUUCGCUCUCCUCGCCCUUCUCUUCUCCGCCGCCGUCGUCGGCAUUGUCUCUGCCGCCGAAGCCCCCGCCACCUCCCCCGCCUCCUCCCCCGCCUCCUCCCCUGCUUCCUCCCCCAAGGCCGCUGACGUUGAACCCUCCGAUGGCGCAAAAACUCCCGCAGCUGCUCCUUCCAAGUCUCCCGCCGCAGCCGCUGACGCCCCGAUCGCUGCCACUCCUUCCGCCGCCGGUGCUCCCAAAGGAGCUGCUUCUGCCCCUUCAGCUAAGGCUGGAGCCCCUGAAGCUGACACCCCUGUUGCCGGUGGCCCUGCUUCUUCCCCUGCUGGCGAUGAGUCUUCUUCCACUGUGGCCCCUGCUGGAGCCCCUGAAGCCGAUGUGUCAUCUCCACCUUCCCCAACUGGACCUGCUGCCGGACCUACAAGCGAUGCGGUUGCUGAUGCACCAGCUGAUUCAUCAGCUGAUUCACCAGCUGAUACACCCUCAGAUUCUCCGGCCAAUGGUGGUUCUUUGGUGAAAGUGUCUGUUGCGGCCGUUGCUGGGAUUUCGGGCAUUGUUGGAUUGUUUGUGUUCUAA